AUGACCAACUCUCAUGAGCCCCUACAGGCACUCGCCCCCGCCGACUGGGACCAUCUUCCGCAGGAUGACCUCGCCACAUACAUCAACGAUGUCUUCUCGCAGUCCAUGAUCGUCGUGGAAUCGAUCCCGUCGCCUUCUUCGGCCGCCGCCCCGACUGCGCCAGCAACUUCUGGACGGGCGCGCGCCAAGACAGAGUCCGCCGUAUUGCACAAUGAUGCCCAGCGGUCUCGGGCCCCGCGUCUGCCGGCGGCUUCCUUGGACGCUGCCGUGGCUCUGCGCAAGGACUGGAAAGAGGUCAAGGUUAACCCCAAGGAAAAUCCUCUGGGUAUCAAUGUUUUUAAGCUGUCCAGCAAAGAUGGCAAAGGUGCUUGGUUUGCUCGGCAGAGCGUCCACGAGGGUCUAUCGUUCGACGACUGGCGAGCCGGUCUUGAGCGCGAGUUUGCCGAGAGCUUAAAGGUGCAAGGCUCGCCAGGUGUCGGUAAUAUCAGAGGCAUUGGGGCCGACAGACACGUAGAAGACAAGGAUAUUGAGAAUGCUGGUCAUCUCAGUGUUUUCCAGCUGUCGGCCCAGUUUCCGGGUCCUACCUCGCCGCGAGAUUUCAUUACCCUGCUGCUAACUUCUGAUCUUUCCCACAACAAAGAAACUCAAACAGACGGUUUGCGUCAGUAUGUCAUCGUUUCCAAGCCGUGUAAUCACAGCGAAUGCCCGCCCCGCCAAGGCAUCAUACGUGGGCAAUACGAAUCUGUGGAAAUUAUCCGAGAGGUCCGCCUCGAGCCAUCCAUGGCCAAGCGUUCAAUGUCUACAGCUGAUUUGGCAGUCAGCGAUGAUCGCGCCGCGAGCUCCGAUAUCAACCUAAGCAGCUCAGAGCGUCUGCAAGAUGCUCGGCCUGUGGCGGUGGAGUGGCUGAUGGUGACACGCAGUGAUCCUGGUGGCAGCGUUCCUCGAUUUCUCAUCGAGAAGGGCACCCCGCCUGGUAUUGUCGGUGACGCUGGCAAAUUCCUCAAAUGGACCACGGCCAAGUCACGGAAGGGGUGGAAGGAGUCCGACACAGAAGCAGAGAAGCAAACAUCAGCAGAUGGCGUCGAUCGAGAAGCGCCGGUGGCCACGGCAAACACGCAGUCCACGUCAACAAAUCAUCUCAGUCACAGUCACAACGCACUUGAAAGCCAUAACGACGAGGAUGACUCAAUCCCCAGCAGCAACGGCAUCUACGGCAUCAUCACCGGGAUAUUCGGCGUCGCGUCCUCCGUCGUCGCGAACGGCCUCGGCCUCAAUUAUGCCAGCAGUGAAGAGACCAUCUCCACCGUUCCCGCCACCAAUACUCAGGAGCGCGAAGACGAGGGCAUGGAGAGCGACAGCUCGUCCACCCGCUCAUUCCUCUCCGCCCUCGAGAAGCGCCUCACACAAGAAGCGGGAGCCCAAAACGACAACGGCGGCAGCCCGUCGGAGGACUCCAAAUCCAUGCACGCGCCAUCUGUCAUCGGUCCCUCUGGCGAAAAGGAGCUGCGCAAGCUGCAGGAGCGCCGCCGCAAAAUCGACGAGAAAAUGGUCCUGAUGCAGGAGCGCCUGCAGCGGCAGAGCCAGGGCGACCGCGCCAAGGACGAGGCCGCCCUCGCCAAGCUGCGCGAGAAGCUCGACAAGGAGGCCGCCAAGCAGGAGCAAAAGUACCAGCGGGAGCUGCAGAAGCUGGAGGAGAAGCGCGAGAACGAGGCCAAAAAGGCGGAGCAGCGGCGGAGGAAGACGCUGGAAAAGGAGGAAAAGUCGAGCCUGGCGCUGGAGCUGGAGCGCACGCGCGCGGAGCGCGACCUGGCCCUGCAGCACAAUCGCAUCCUCGAGGGGCAGGUGCGCGAGCUGCAGGCGCAGAACACGCAGCUCGUUGCCAAGAUAGGGAAGAUGGGCGGCCUGAGCAGCUCGUCGCUGCCGCUGCAGUCGUCGGGGAGUUCGUCGGAUGUGGCGGCAGAGAAGCAAGCAUAA